AACGCGCGCGCUUCCGGAGUAAGUUUUCCUGUCGAAGGUGAAGUGGGUGGUGCGCGUUGUCUAUCAAAUUCUCGAAGGCUUGAGCUCUAGUUCUAGACGUUUAAAAAGAAGAGUUCUUUUCAGGAAGCCGGGAAACAUGUCGGACGUGGAAACCCAAGAACCCAAGAAGGGACGCGGACGUCCUGCGGCCGUGGAAAGAAAUAGCGUGGCGCCGAAAAAGCGUGCCCGGGCCCUGUCGCCGAAGGACACGAAGUUGGUGGAGGAAAAGGAGCGCGAGAAGGCAGUGCUUCCGGACGAGGAGGGCGACAGUGGCGAGGAACCCUCUCCGAAGCGUGGCCGGGGCCGACCGAAGGGCGUUGUGAAGAAGGGAGCCAAGGCGGCCAAAAAGGCACCGGCCGCUACCGGGCGAGGACGGGGUCGGGGUAAGAAGAAACCGACCAAGGAAUCUUCGGACGAAGAGGACGAAGAUGAUGACGAGGACGAGGAGGAGGAAGAGGAAGAAGACGAUCUGGAGGAUAGCGAAGAGAACGAGGAGAACUUUGAUAACGAGGAAUCGGAUUAAGAACACCACGUGGAGCAGGAAGAAGAGACGAAGAAAGAGGUGGUACAAAGGAGGAUCGGCGAUUGUCACUGCCAUUGCCGCGCUGUGUGUGUAAUUCAGGAUGUUAGAUUUCUUUUUAUAUUUAAUACAAACACCCAGAGUUCCCCCCCCCCCCCCCCCAAAGUGUGUCCAUUAACCGCAUCAUCAUCCUUAUCGUCACACCUCGCUCAUCCACAGCCAGUUUCGAAUCGCACGAUUCGGUGGGGAUACCAUGGCAACCGUAACCGAGAUAGAGAGAUCUGAAAGGCGGAUUAGCACACAACCAUGGAAUCCUAAUGAAAUCGAUUAAAUAACCGCGAAAGUAUUAUCCACAUGUAUGUGUGAGUGUGUGUUUGUGUGCACGCACGCGCAUGUGUGGCACGAAAGUUGACUUCCGCCGUUAUCUCAUCUCAAUGUAAUGCAUUUUGUAAA